AUGCCUCAAGUCGAUUCAAAACACGCCCAACGUUUCCAAGAACUCGUCAAUCAACCCAUUGAUGAACAAUGUGAAUUCUUUUUGAAGAGUUUCAUCUUUGCUUUGGGUGAUGAUUGGCCAGAAGUUGUCAAACUCUCAACCUCUUUUAAAAAGUAUAUUGCUGAUGCUAGCACUAGUACUGCUUUCCAAGGACAAUUGGAUGAAGCCCAAGCUGCUGACUUUUUACAAAAGAAUGGUCGUACUCGUACUGCCACUCAACGUCGUGAUGAAAUUCGUGACAUUGAUCUUGAUUUUAACAAACACAUUGCUUUCCUUGAAUAUUUGCUUCUUCACUACAAGCACAUGAUUUUACAAGAAUAUUACAAGAGACACACUGAACUUGAUGCUCCAAAGGAACAUUUAGAAAACUUUGCAAUUGGUGUGACCGGUGUUGGUUAUGCCUUGUUAGAAGAACUGUUCACAAUGCCAGAAGGAAUGAAUGAAGAAUUGGAAAAGGCCAUUUCUGAAUUCUAUGCUGCUAAACGUGAACGUGAAAAUAAGUUGAAAGACCUCGAAGUCAAGUCACACGGCGAGGGUGUUGGUGCAUUGCGAGCCAAGAAUGAACUUGCACAAAUGGAAGCUCAAGAUCAAACAGAGACAAACAAAUUAGAAAUGACAUUAAAUGCUGCCAAGAGAAAGGCCAUGAAACAUAGUGGAAGUGAAGCAUUGGCUCAAAAGAAGAAACAACAAGAAGAAGAGGAAAAGAAAAAGUUAAUGGAAGGAAGACAAAAGAUGAAGGAAAGAUCUGCAUUGUGGGAACAAAAGUAA